AUGUUGGUAAUUGAAAAUCAAUGGCACUUUUUUUACUAUUAUUCUUUACAAAGUCAUAGUAAAGUUAAAUACUUACCUAAAAUAAGGCCUAGUCACUUUUUAGGUGGGAAAUCUCAAGAAGAAUUGCUUAGAUCCUGUCUCUAUUCUAUUAAAAUACUUUUAAAGGAGCAAUGGAACAAGUUAGGGGCUCAAAAACAUAUGAACACAACUGUAAUGGAUGAUGGUCUUUUAAUUAUUAUUGGGGAAAAUGAACUAUAUAAAAAACCUUUAAAGGUAGAUAUUUAUAAGUCUUUAAUUGAAAAUCUAUAUGAUUUUUGUAGAAUAACAACAAAAAGUUAUUUUAAUAUGGAAAAAGUAAAACAUAAAUUAUCAAGUGAAUAUGAGAGACUUCUUAUUUCCCCUCCAGCAAUAAAAAAAAUAACCAGAUCAAUGCUUCCAAGAGAUAUAAGAGAAAGAGGAGAAGCAAUGCUUGCAAGUUUGGAUGAAGAAAUCAAAGUAAAUAAAGCUAAACUAGAAGAACCAAUUACUAUUGAUAGAUUGAUUGAUAAACUGCAAACACAGAGGUUACAAGUACAAGGUAAAGUCGGGGUUGAAGAUAAAGAAUUUUAUGCAGACUGGGUUGAUUCAGAUAAAAAAGCUUUGGAAGAGUCAAAUAUUUUGAGAUCACUUGAUCUGCAAAAACAAUAUAAAAAUAAUAUAAUAAAUAUAGGAAAUGAUAGAUAUUUGCACAAAAAUAUAGAUACUGUGAAUAGAGAAUAUGAGUACGAAGCUAAUGAAGGUACUCAGAAGAAGAAUAUUUCUUUUCAUGAAAUGGAAGAUAAAGAGUUAGGUCUACCAGAAUUUCAACUGUUGCCUUUGGACUGGAGAAAAGUUUAUCCUUAUUACAUGAAUCCUCAAUCACUGACUGUCAGAAGGUAUUUAACAGAUUCAAAUAAGUUAAGGUCUCAAUAUAAUAAUGAAAGGGAAAAGUUAACAUAUACACAAAACCCUAGUUUGAUAAGGAAAGAGGAGUUGAGAAUUAGAGAUCCGACUAAACUAGUUCCUUUAGAUGUUGUAUUUGAAUUACCUAGUAAAUUUGUUGGUGGAAAACCUAAUUUUACUGAGGUAUCAACCAUUGUACCAAGUGGUUAUGAUGCUAUAGGUCAAUUAGCUACUCCUAUAAGACACUACAAACAAGUUGAUGAGCUUCAGAAUUUACAAGCUUACAAAUUUUAUAGAAAUUUUGAAGAUAUGGGAAAUAGUAUAUCCGAAUUAAAGAUUCCUUCAGAAUAUAUAACUGAUAAACCAACAUAUUAUGUGAAUGCUAGAGGACUAAAGAAAUUAUAUGUUGAACCUUCAAUUAAAGAUAUUAUUUCGGAUAGAAGAAAAGAAAAUUUACUUAAGUUAUCACUUGAUGAAUUGGAAAAUGAUGAUAUGGACUUCCAAUUGAGAAAAUUUCGGGAUAAUUUGGAUGAAAAAAGGAGAAUGAGGAAGUUUAGACCUUAUGAAUUAAUAGAAAUAAGGAACAAAUCAGAAAAUUAUUUGAUAUCAAAAGCAUAUGAACAAUAUUUAUUUAGGGUUCCUAGUACUAAAGUAAUUCCUCCAAUGGAAUUUGCACCAUUAUCUUCACUAAUAAAUAAUACUGCUUUAGGAGGAAAAAGGUUACCUCCUAUUAAAGAAUCUGAGCAUAAGUUUAAAAGGAAGAAGUUUAUCAGAGAUUUAGAAGUUAGUGAAGAAGAUACAGAUAGUAAAGACACUGUUGAGAGACAUCGUUUAGUUCAUUUUGAUGAUGCUGCGAUAUCUAUGGAUAAUCGUAAAUCUAAAAAAAAGUAUUACUCACCUCCUCCUUUAAAUUAA